AUGCCACAAGCUAAUUUCCAGUGCAAUAGUAUUAUGUUUAAUGGAAAUAUUUUAAUUUCUGGAUGCUGACAAAAAAAUCUUUUGUUAUACUCAAUUGAUAUUGACUCUUUCUCGAUAAUUCCUUAUGAGUUUGCAAGAGGGAAAAGAAAGAUCCUGAUAAAUGCAGAUAGAAUUUAUUUGAUUGAAUGCAAUGAAGGAGGUGAUAUCUAUGAAAGCGAAAUUGGAAGUUACACGAAUUGGAGACCAACAGGAAAAACAUCAACAAUCAAUUACAGUGUUUUACAAGUGUAUUGUACAUAUAAUGAAGGAUAUAUAUACAUUGGAAUAGAUGGAUCUGACUACUUCAAGUUUGAUUUGGAUGAAGAGAGAUUAAUUGCAUUAAAAUAGUAAUAAAAUGGUUAAUUAAAAGUAAAAAGCAACAAUAGACUAUAAAAUUCUGAUUUUAGCUGAAAAUUUUAUUGCAUCUUUUGAUAUGCUUGGCAAGGAAGGUGACAAGCAAAUAACUGCUUCAGAGCUAAAAAUUGCAGUGUAA